AUUAGACGGGGUUUGGCUUUCGAGCGGAUCACUUCUUGUGCAGGAUGCUUACCUGCAGUCACUGCUGGAGCUUGAGUUCCUGUGUGUGCCCGGGCCCGGGCUGGGUAGAAAUACACUAGUGCAAGCACGGGACCCUGUUGCUGUUUUUUGUGCCAGGCUAGUGUCCACACAUCUGUCAUAGCCCUCACUGCAGCCGAUUGAGCCCGUUUCAGUGUCUGCUUAUGGUUCAUGUUCAGUGAGUGUGAGUUCCUGCUUCUGCGCCAGAGUGUAAUUGCUGUGCACCCAGCUAGCGACGAGUCUGGGCUGUUGUACAUUCUUAGCAGUGUUUUGCCGAGGUGUAGUUGGGUAUGAAAGGAGUGGACCAGGCUAGAAGUAAUGUAACACACCGGUGUUGACACUGGAUAGCGAUGUCUUGUACUUGUGAAAAUAAGUGUGCACAGAACCAAAGUACUGUUUAUGUUUAACAUGUAACGUUCCUGUAGGACCAAGUCUCCUAUUUACAGACCUGAUGAAAACUUAAACAUCUGAGUUCAGGCAGUGAAGGACAAAAAUCCGGGUGUAGGAACGGUUUGUAUCGUCUACAUUCAGGAAGCGUACCAGAGCAGCAGAUCUCAACCUGCAGUUACAGGGACCACCUAAGACCAUGGGAGAACACAGAUAUUUACAUGACGAUUCAUAAUAGUAGCAAAAUUACAGUUUCAAAAUAGCAACAAAACACGGUGUUAAAGUGUCACAGCAUUAGGAAGAUUGAGAACCACUGUAAUAGAGGUUUUAAAAUAACGCAGGAACGUUUUGAGGAAUACCAAGGUGAAGGGAGCAUGAGGCAGCUGCUGAUGGCAACAAGGUGGUUAGGAAUAUGGGUCAGGCAUCAUAGGUUAUAUGAUCAGCGUCAGCUUGUUUUUACCAAAUAUCAGACCUACCGUGUGACUUAGGCACUAUUUGUUGUUUGUUUGUUUCUUUGUGUUUUACAGGUAAGAAAACUUGUAUGUUGGACCUGUGACUCUAUCGGGGAAGAGUGACAAGACCCCAAGGCCAGCUCUUGUCUACGUCCGGGAGCUAAUGGCAGGGGACAGAGCCAAGCAUUAUGAGCUGGACCAAGAGAAAUAUGAUGCUCAUGACAACGUGAAGAUCAUCUGCCUGGGGGACAGUGCAGUGGGCAAGUCCAAACUCGUGGAGAGGUUUCUCAUGGACGGAUUUCAGCCACAGCAACUGUCCACAUAUGCUCUGACUCUGUAUAAGCACAAGGCCACAGUAGACGGCAAGACCAUCCUUGUGGACUUCUGGGAUACAGCAGGCCAGGAGCGGUUCCAGAGCAUGCAUGCCUCCUACUACCACAAGGCUCACGCCUGCAUCAUGGUAUUUGAUGUGCAGAGGAAAAUCACCUAUAAGAACCUGGGCACCUGGUAUGCAGAACUUCGGGAGUUCAGGCCGGAGAUCCCAUGCAUCCUGGUGGCCAAUAAAAUUGAUGCAGACAUACAGAUGACUCAAAAGAACUUCAGUUUUGCCAAGAAGUUCUCCCUGCCCCUGUACUUUGUCUCCGCUGCCGACGGUACCAAUGUGGUGAAGCUCUUCAAUGAUGCGAUUCGAUUAGCUGUGGCCUACAAAGAAAGUUCCCAGGACUUCAUGGAUGAGGUUUUACAGGAGCUUGAGAACUUCAAGUUGGAGGAUACACCAGAACUUCAAGAGGAGGAUACACCAGACCAAGAGCAGAGUGGCAUGACCAAGAGCCCACCUCCUUAAUCAGGGCAUCCACACAUGGCUGAGUUGGGGUAUUGGGAGCCGUUUGGAAUACCCUACAUCUCUGGGGAAGCUCUGCAGGCUACCCCUGCUCAACUUCCUGAAAACACUGUUCUGUGGUACAUGAUGAGGUCAUCACAAA